AUGGAUAACCGUAAACAAAAUAAUACAAAUAAUAAUAACAAGACUAAAAAUGCAAUUGUAAUUAAAUCCAAGCCACCGAAGAAACCUGCCAAUAAUGAUAAUAAACGUAAUCUCUCAAGCUCGUCCAAUUCAGAACCAUCGUCACCAAAUUUACUUCAACAUGUAAGCAAAAAAUUAUUUGUGACUCAAAAUCGGUUUGAAUUAUUAAAAUCAACCGAACCAGCUGAUGAAAUUACUGAAACUAUUAUAGAGGAAAAGCAGUCUGCUGAUCCAGUUCUCACUUACUCUAAACCACCCCCUCCAAUCUUCAUGCGAGGCGUAUUAGACUUCCCCGGUGUUUGUACAGAAUUAAUCGAAUUAAUCGGUGUCGAUAACUUUAUUUGCAAGUCAACGGCUGAUCAUUUAAAAAUCCAAACCUCCAAUCCCGGAGCAUAUAGAACAUUAGUCCAAUACUUAAGAAAUGAACAUGCUGAAUUCCAUACAUUCCAGCUAAAGGAAGAUAAGCCAAUGCGCAUAGUUAUUCGUAACUUACACCCAUCUACUUCAACGGAAUUGAUCAAAAGUGAACUUGAACAUCGCCUAUACGAAGUUAGACAAGUUACGCAGGUUAUUCACAGAAUUAGUAAAAUACCCCUGCCAUUAUUUUUUGUCGACCUCGAGCCGACAGAUCAUUCAAAUGAAAUCUUUAAACUUGAAUCCUUACUGCACACAAAAAUUAAAAUAGAAGAACCUCAUAAACCAAAAAUUAUCAGCCAAUGUCAUAACUGCCAAGCUUAUGGUCACACUAAAGCCUACUGCGGAUAUAGUACUCGCUGUGUCCGGUGCGGUGAUGACCACUCCUCAUCUGCCUGUCCAAACUCACGACAAGACCCAAUGCGAUGCGCCCUCUGCACAGGUAACCACCCAGCAAACUACAGGGGAUGUACAGUUUAUAAAGACCUCCAGCAACGUAAGAAAACCAACCUAAAUAAUCACAAAUUACAUGUAAACUCUAGUUAUAAGUCUAACAAUGUACAAGAUAGCCACCCACGUAAUACCACUUCCUACAAUCCUCCUUCUGACCAAUCUCAAACGUAUGACCAGGCAACUCAAGGCCAACAUGUAAAAUCUGAUAUUCCUCCGCCAACUCCUGAUAUUAAUUCUUUAAUGUCAAGCUUUGUAAGCGAGCUUAAGACUCUUAUCAAUCCGUUAAUCUCAUUACUUACUCAAGUAAUCUCAAGUCUAUUGGCUAGGAAAAAUGAAUAA